UAGAAUUCAAAUGCGUUUCUUUAAUUGACAGAUCACCUCUCAUGAAAGAGGGAAAGAGAUGAAUGUGCAGGACGGAAAGAGAUAGAUGCGUGGAAAGUCGCCACCCCAAAACGCCACCCUGCCACCCUAGAUAGCAUACCUGUUUUGGGAGGCUUCUGCUAGUAAAUGUAGGAAAAGGCGACAACGCAUCUCGAAAACAGCGGAAACCACGGAGUGCGUGUGCGAAACAAGUGCAGCAAGUGUGUGUAUACGCGGCGGAAGAAGUUUGCACUUUUGAACGCUUGCACAGAAGGAAAAGGAACUGCAGCAACAACAAAAAAACACAAAAGCGCAGCUCAACCUCGACGUUAACUUGCCUACUUUGACGUGUGCAAUACAUGAACGAUCCGGAUCGACGAAGGUUCCAGCAUAGGCAGCGCUAGUGAAUCGGAAGCUAAUCUUGAAUCCGCUACUUCGAAGUGUACUACGGAAGUCCCGAGACGGAGGUACCUGGAAGACAUGGAACUAGAUAACAUCUUUCUCAACAAGCUGCCAAUCAUCGCAGCCACGGACAGUGGGGAUGGAACGUGGAACCACUAUGCGUUCCUCGAGAGCACCUGGGGAGAACGGAAGAUCCUGCUGAAGAUCAUCGUGUUCAGCUCACUCUACAACGCGCCGCUCAGCUUCGUGUCCGAGAUAGAUCACGAGGAGCUGCAACAGACGGCCAUGCGCCUGGAGCGCACCCUGGAGGAGUUUCUGCACGAAACCAAGCUUGCCCUCUGCACGGAAGGCGGUGCGAAUGGUUUCAGCUAUGCGGUCGAGGAGAACAACUUCGUUUGGCGCAAGGUGCUCGGACCACAGCUGACCGUUACGUACGGUUCUGUCAUUCUGCUGCGCUCCCAGUGUCUCCUAUCGGAUGUACUGUCCAACUCGAUCCACGCCCAGAACCGGCUGCGGGCGGACGUGCAGCUCAAGAACAAGGUACUGCUCGAGCUGAAGGAUGAGCACGAGGAGCUGCUUGAAUUGCAACGCCAACAGGAGGAGGACACGCGCUUGUACGAGAUCGAGCUGAUAACCAAGUGCAUCAGCAUACUGAACGAAAAGAAGGAGGUUAUCAAUCAUUUGAAAAAGCAGCUGGCAGAGGAUGAGGACGAAGUGGUGGAUAGUGAGGAGCAAACGGAUGGUCAACAGCAGCACCAGCACCAGUAUCAACACACCGCACCUACCGCAGACGAGGAGGAACAGCCGCUGUUGCCGAGUGAUCUGCGGUCGGAGAAGAGAGGCGGAUCAGCUGCGGCCGCCACCGUAAGUCGUCCACCAGCGAUCAAUUAUCUCGACUCGGAAGCUUCCUACCCUGACCUUGAAAGCGGUGAAGAGCAGGAGGAUCCGGAGCAGGAACACGUUAUCCUACCGAAACGUACCAAGUACCAGCAGCAGCCGUCGCACUCCGCCGGUCAAUCGGAGCUUGAACCGGCAGCUGCCGCCAGCACAUCGGCUGCAACGCGGCAUGAGCUGGUCUCAUCACCAGUGGAAGAAGCGGCACAUGACGAUGAUGUUUACAACAAAAAUACGGAGGAACUGCUACAAGAUAUUUGAGUCAAUGCCCGUGCGUCCCUAACGCGGCCAGGUUGAGUGUGCUUUUUGAGCUAUUUAAUAUUUGUCGUUUGUCCUGAGAUAGUCCCGACCUAUAGAAGACCCUCCUUUGAAGCCGAAUCUGGUCAUCAACCAAUUCCUUUUCCGGAAUAUGGAUAUCCAGAAGCGCAAUUACCUUGUAAGCCAUCAUCACCGUACUUUGUAGGAUUUUAAUGUGUCAUCAUAGUGCAAUGGUAAUAAUAUUUGAUAGUUUUAUAAUAUGUGCCAAUACUGCUGAGAGGAAGGAUUGCAGGAUUUUUCCCGCACAAAUUAGCGAAAAACAGAAGCAGCAUGCACGAAAUGGCAGAUCAGUGUGUCGAGGUCGGAACAUUGAGUGCUACAAGAUGCUACACAGGCCGGCAGCAAUCCUCGUGCGACGGAGAAAAUUCAUUUUAUUUAGAUUAAAUUAUUUAUUCUUUUUUAUUGCCAUUAGAACUAAGUGUAAACCCAUUUUUUGAUAAUAAACAAUCGUAAUCACCCUACAUUUCGAAUGUGUUUCUGCUUAUAGCUGACAAAAAACGAAGACAGUUUGAC